GAGUAGGUAGGAGGGAUUUUAGGAGCACGUCCUAUUGGCUGCUGGAGAUGUUAAACUGCAGAAAAACUCUCCAAUAGUUUAUUCUGUGUAGUUGAGUAAAACCUCGAGCUAUGGCAUCUGAAACUAAGCCUGUUCUUCAUGGAUACUUCAGAAGUUCCUGCUCCUGGAGGGUUCGCAUUGCUUUUGCUCUCAAAGGGAUUGAAUAUGACCAAGUUGCAGUCAAUCUAGUCAAAGAUGGCGGUCAGCAGCUUACUGAACAGUACAAGAAAUUGAACCCCAUGCUACAAGUGCCUGCAGUUGAAAUGGAUGGCAUCACCCUCUCCCAGUCACUGGCUGUGAUCCAAUACAUCGAUGAGACCAGGCCCGGACCUCGGCUUCUCCCCGCAGACCCAAAGCAACGUGCCCAGGUCCGGAUGAUAAGUGACAUCAUUGCCUCUGGGAUACAGCCUCUGCAGAAUUUGUACGUGAUUCAGAAAGUUGGAGCAGAAAAGAUGCAGUGGGCUCAGCACUUCAUUGAUCGCGGCUUUCAAGCUCUUGAGCCCAUUCUGAAGGAAACGGCGGGGAAAUAUUGUGUCGGCGAUGAGAUAUCCAUGGCAGACAUCUGUCUGGUCCCACAAGUCUACAAUGCAGAGAGGUUCAAAGUGGAUGUCGGGCAGUAUCCAACCAUCCAACGGUUAAACCAAACCUUAGUUGAAAUUGAAGCGUUCACUGUGACCAACCCAUCAGGUCAGCCAGACACGCCUGUGGAGCUGCGUGCAUAGAAUAACUCCGACGUAGACAGCUUUGUACGUUUUAAAUAAAAUGCGUUGCAAAAGAU